AUGAAGUUCAAGGUGGAAAUUGCGCGGGCCACUUGGCGUGAACAAGACUACUGGUCCCAUGGCUUGGAAGUAGUGCGCAACGCUGUGCUUUUCCUCUUGCACGUGUGCGACCGCAGAUUCUACGACCUUGCUGUGCACAUGCAUUUCGUGCUCACCUAUAUGCGCUACCAUGAUACAGACUCAGAUUUGGGUGCGGAAAAGGCGGAUGAAGAAAUGGAAGUGCCUGCCCUGAAAAUGGCUCAUCGCACUGCCUACUUUGAGGCCCAGCCGUUGAGUCGACGUUUUGCUUUGCUUGAUCUUACAAGCCAACAGCUUCGCUGCCAUCUGCAGGAUGUCUUUGGCGCCAUUGCUGAAGUGCACCAUGUCUUCCUUCCUGCCGCCAGAGCUCUUCAAUCCAUGGAGUUUGAAAGGCAAUUCAAAGAGUUGGCCGUUUGUUUGGGAGAUGUGCUGGAGUCUAGUCAUGCUGUUUUCUUGUCAUACAGCUCUUCGGCCGCCUUCGGCGGAAUCUCAAUGAAUGCUGGGAGCUCGUCUGACUGUGUGCUGGAAUUACCUCCCGAUGUUGUGUCCAGUGAUGCUUCCGAGUCCAGGGAGGCCAGUGUGGAGCUGCCAGACCCAAUAGGUGCGCAGUUUGCGUGCUGCAAAAACAAGUGUGUAGACCGGUUCAAUGCCGCACAAACAGCUGCAGAGCAAAGACUCAAGAAAGAUCUUGAGCCGUUGAACAUGGAAGGAAAGAAUGCAAUCUGGUUUCACCAGCUGCUCAAUAUGAACAAGGCACAGCCAGAGGGUCAGCGCAGAAAACUCUUUUGGUGGCAAGGGAAAGCAAUUUGUCAACAAGCGUUCAGUCGGGUCACGCAAUGCUCAGAAAAGAAAAUCCGCUACUACCUGAAAUGUAUCGCUGAAGGAGAGGUAUUGCCUCCAAAGGAUGGCAGAAAAGUUCCAUGCAAGCGAUCAGAGCCCAAACGGGAAGAUGUGGAAAGUUUCUUUUGUUUUUUGUACGAGCACCUGGCUGAGCCGCUAGCCAUUAGUCGCCAGGACCUUGAUGAGGAUCCGGCUGAAGCAAAUGCUUGUGGUGACAUUGGCGACUCGAUUGUGGACUUGCCUGACUGGCUUUCGAAUGAUGAUGACAUGCUCAAUAGAUUGCCAUACAUGUUCUCCGGGGACGGGAGCAAGCCACAAAUUCAGAAGCGAUGGCUUCCCACCAUGACAUCUGCUCAGCUCCACGACUUGUACAAGGACAUCCAUGCCGACCAUGAAACUUUAGCUUCUUGGACAACUUUCCAACGUGUUUGGGUUCGUUUUCAAAGUGUGAUGGGGGUGAGGCCUGUGACCCUUCAUAGUCGGUGCGAUGACUGUGCCAGAUACAGUCGUUAUCGAAAACUUCAAAGCAAUCCAUCAGAUCUGGCUGCCGUCAAUCAUGCCUACAACAACCAUAUCCGGGCUGUCUUCCGCGACAGAAGCAUCAUACAAGGGAUGGAGACCAUGGCUGAAAACACGAAUCGUUUGGAAGAUGUGGAGCUGCCACACCUGAUGGUCACUAUAGAUGCUAUGGACAAGAGCAAGUGGCUUGUACCGCGAAGUCUGGACUCAUCAAAACGCUUGGCAGCUUUGUGGCGACCAGCCUUGCAUGUUGUUGGCGUUCUCAUAGCUGGAGUACUUGAAUAUUUUGCCAUUGUAGAGCCUGAUGUCAAGGCAGACUCCGAUUUGCAGCAAACUCUCCUUGCCCGUGCCUUAGACUUGGCAGAGGAUGAACUCCGGAAACGAGGCAAAGGCAUGCCAUGGAAAGUCAUUUUCCACAGUGACAAUACAAGCAAAGAGGGGCGCAAUUCUCAGCUGGAUCAGAGAUUCAGUGUGAUUGGGUCUUUGCUUGCGCGGGUGCAAUGCUUGCAAACACCCGAAGAGUAUGUCAGCCAUUUGCAAGAGCACUAUCGCUCAGCUCGUGGUGUCCCAGUGCUGAUCGAGCAAGUUGGCGACAGCUACCUCUGGCGCAAUUUUUUUGCACCUUUGGAUCGACACUUUGCAGGCGUGACAGGUACUCGGAGCACAGCUGAUGCUGCGCAUGUGUUCCGAGUUGUCAGGCGUGACAUGGUCAGAUUGUGUGCUCCCGAAGCCACCUUUCUUGAAGAUGAUGGUCUUGAGAGUGACCCAGUUCUUUUGGCAAAGCGCUGGAUUUGUUCCAAGGGCUUGAGUCAGCCUCCAACUGUCUUAUUACAAGGUGCAUUUCCAUUGGAUUUUCGCAAUCUUCUGCCUUUGCGGGCACCUCGCACAGCUUUGACCCAAGAAUCGCUGAAACAAUUUAGGAAAACUGCUCAUGAGCUUCUGGCAUCUCCAUGGCUCCUCGAGUCUGCAGCUGCUUACAUCUUAGCUUGGCUGCAGCGGAACGAAAAUGCAGAGCCCAGUGGACAAUUGCCUGAUAUCUCUUUCCUUGUGCAAGGCCGUGAUUUUCUGCCAGCAGCGGUCUGUGCUGGAGCUACAUGGAAAGACUUUGCUCCUGAAGGAGCGAUUCCAGUGCAGCCCAUGCCAAAGCAGAAAAAGAACACCAAAAACCAGGCACGAGCUAAAGAGCAGAUUCCGCAGUGCAGCCAUGUGUCUCGAAGAGCUCAGGCUGUGAAGAACCUCCAAGCAGUACCACAAGAGGACGCUGAUGAUCCUGGUCAGGUUGAGAUGCCAGAAGCACGUAUGAAGCGGCCUGCCGCUGCUUCGAAAGGCCGGCCCAUGAAGCGUCCGGCAGCGAAACAUGAGACCAGGUGA